AUGGCCGUCCAAUCAACCCUUCGGCGCCCGGAGGAUCCUCUCCUGGCGUUGUAUCGCCAUUACUCUGACCUCGUACGUUCGAAACUUCGCCAUACGUCGAAAACAACGCGCUUGAUUGCAACAAUAGCCCUCCUGUUCUCUAUCAUCGGCACGGGCUAUGGGGGAUACAGUUGGUUCCGAGGGCGGGCCAAGGAGCGUGCUCAGGGCCGCCGUCUAUUGCGCCGGAACUCUGGUCUCCGGGGCAAAGAUGGAUCUCGUACUAUCUAUGUACCAUACAAGGACUCUCUAACCUCCAAGGUCUUGAUUCAUCCCACCAAACCUACCACAUUUGACGCCCAUCGACGACUGUUCCUCAACCCUCCAGCAUCGACUCGCAGCAAAGAUGACGGCUCGAGCCAAAUCCCUCCACCCACAGCCAAACCAGGGCUGAAUUUGGCAUUCCUCCAUCAAUUUCUGAGCUUGGGUAGUAUCAUGGUACCGCGAUGGGGAAGCAAAGAGACUGGGUUGCUGAUGAGCCAUGGUUUCUUCCUCUUGAUGAGAACGUAUCUUUCGCUCUUGAUCGCACGGCUUGAUGGUGAGAUUGUGAGGGAUCUGGUUGCUGGCAAAGGGAAGGCUUUCCUCUGGGGUAUCCUCAAGUGGUGUGGAAUUGGAACCCUUGCUUCGUACACCAACGCGAUGAUCAAAUUCCUCCAGGCAAAGGUGUCCAUCGCCUUCCGCACCCGGUUAACACGCUAUAUCCACGACUUAUACCUAACCGACAAUAAUAACUACUAUAAAUUGAUGAACCUGGACGGCGGAAUCGGCCAAGGUCCCGACCAGUUCAUCACACAAGAUCUCACACUGUUCUGUACAGCUGCUGCAUCACUGUACUCCUCGAUGGGCAAGCCGUUGGUGGAUCUGUUCGUAUUCAACUAUCAACUUUACCGCUCACUUGGUCCCCUUGCCCUGAGCGGCAUUUUGGCCGGGUACUUCAGCACAGCUGUGGUGCUUCGGAAACUAUCACCGCCAUUCGGAAAGCUCAAGGCAGUAGAGGGCAAGAAGGAAGGGGAUUUCCGCGGCUUGCACUCCAGACUCCUAGCCAACGCCGAAGAGAUCUCGUUCUACGGUGGGGCUGAUAUUGAGCGGGUCUUCCUAGUCAGAAGCUUCAAGGACCUACAGCGAUGGAUGGAGGGCAUUUACAGUCUCAAGAUCCGCUACAACAUGCUCGAAGAUAUGAUCCUGAAAUACUCUUGGUCAGCGUUUGGGUAUUUGGUCACUUCCCUGCCCGUCUUCCUUCCCGCCUGGGGUGGCAUGGGCGGUGCAAUGGAGCUGGCCGAUGCACCCGAAGGAAUGAGCCGCGAGCGUGGCCGUAUGAAGGAUUUCAUCACCAACAAACGACUGAUGCUUUCCCUUGCCGACGCUGGAGGCCGCAUUAUGUACAGCAUCAAGGACAUCUCAGAGCUCGCUGGCUACACAUCCCGUGUCUACGGUCUCAUUGCCACCCUGCACCGUGUUCAUGCCGAUGCUUAUUACACCCCUCGGGGUUCACAUCCCGAACUAUACUCCCUUGCCGAUACUCAAGGCACUACCCACAAUGGCUUCGACGGGGUCCGCCUGGAGCAGGUCCCCAUCGUCGCCCCCUCCCUCCAUCCAAUGGGCGGCGACGAGCUCGUCGAGUCUCUCUCCUUCAUCGUCCAUUCGGGUGACCACCUCCUCAUUUCAGGGCCAAAUGGAGUCGGUAAGUCCGCAAUUCCGCGCAUCGUGGCCGGACUUUGGCCCGUCUACCGUGGAUUGGUCAGCCGUCCUCGAAACUUUGGCCUUGAUGGCAUCAUGUUCCUCCCCCAGCGACCGUAUCUCAGCGUUGGCACUCUGCGUGACCAAGUGAUCUACCCGCACACGGAGAUUGAUAUGCGCGAAGCCGGCGAGACAGACGCAACUCUGCAGAAGGUCCUCGACGACGCCCAUCUGGGUUACCUUCCACAGCGCGAAGGCGGCUGGGACGCUCGCAAGGAAUGGAAGGACGUCUUGAGUGGCGGCGAGAAGCAGCGCAUGGGUAUGGCCCGUCUCUUCUACCACGAGCCGCGGUACGCGUUUAUGGACGAAGGCACCUCGGCUGUCUCUUCCGACGUUGAGGGCUUGCUGUACGAUAAAGCCAAGGAGCGUGGAAUUACUCUCAUCACCAUCUCGACUCGCGCGUCUUUGAAGAAGUACCACACCUAUAACCUGACUCUUGGCCUGGGCGCCGAAGGCGAGACCUGGGAGUUCGAGAGAAUUGGCACCGAGAAGGAGAAGCUGGGCGUCGAGAAGGAGCUGCAGGAGCUGCGGAAGCGUCUGGAUAAGGUGGAUGAAUGGAAGCAGCGUCGCGAGGAGAUUGAGCGAGAGCUUCAGAAGGUUUGGGCUAAUGGUAGUGAAAUCGCACCGCCGCCUUACCAGGAAGAAGAGCACUCUGGCUCCGAGGAUCUCAUCGAAGAAACGGCAAAUCGAUUUUACACAGUUUAG